UAGGAUUCGCUUCCAAGCACCAGGUCUGCUCACCCCUAGCAAUAUCGCACUCUUGGUCUAGUAUCCUUGUUAACAGAAUGAAGUCCACAGCCUACGCCAUUGUCUCGGCGGCUCUCGCCUUCCAGGCCUCGGGCCACUCUAUCUUCCAGCAGUUAUGGGUUGACGGUGUAGACUAUGGCUCCCAAUGCAUUCGUAUGCCCCCAAAUAACAACCCCGUGACCAAUGUCAACAGCAACGACAUCCGAUGCAAUGUUGGCGGUACUAGGGGUGUUGGUGCCAAAUGCCCCGUAAAGGCAGGAUCCACGGUCACGGUUGAGAUGCACGCACAACCCAAUGACAGGAAAUGCUCCUCGGAAGCCAUCGGCGGCGCCCAUUAUGGCCCUGUCAAUGUGUAUCUAAGCAAGGUAUCAGAUGCCACAAAGGCCGAUGGGUCAGCUCCGUGGUACAAGAUCUUUGCGGAUUCUUGGUCUUCCAAGGGAUCCGUGGGCGAUGGUGACAACUGGGGCACCAACGACCUCAACGCUUGCUGCGGCAAGAUGGACGUUAAAAUUCCUGAUAAUACCCCAUCGGGUGAUUACCUGCUCCGUGCUGAAGUUAUUGCUCUUCAUACUGCAGGCCAGUCCGGUGGUGCCCAGUUUUAUAUGUCAUGCUACCAGCUGUCAGUGACUGGAGGCUCCGGAUCUGUCCCAUCAGGUGUCAGCCUUCCCGGCGCCUUCAAGGCUUCGGAUCCUGGCAUUCAAGUAAAUAUCCAUGCCAAGAUGAGCACUUAUGUGAACCCCGGGCCGGCCGUCAUAGCCGGCGGCAUCACCAAAACUGCUGGCUCUACCUGCAGCAGUGGUUGUGCCAAGACUUGUGCUGCUGGCAGUGGUCCAGUCGGGACUGGCAUCGCGGCUCCCGCUCCCUCUGGUGGCUCUAGUUCUGGCGGUGAUUCCGCUUGUGCUCAGGCGGCUUUCCAACAGUGUGGUGGACAAGGAUACAGCGGCUGCACCACUUGCGCUGAGGGGCUCACUUGCAAGGCCGUUUCUCCCCCCUACUACUCACAAUGCAGCUAAGCUGUCUCCUAAGAGUACAAUAUCACGCUUGAUUAGAUCUGCUACGGCUAUUGCCUAGUAAACAGAGCAAUAGAAUAUCAAUCAAUGUAUACUGUCGAGGUUGCUGGGUUAAGUUAAUGCACCCAAGAUAGUAGCUAACGACGUGGCUAAUAUCAACACGUAAAGUAAAUUUACAAAGCACC